CAAGACUAUCGUUAGUUUUCUCGCCAUCCAAGCUCAAGCCAUCCGGAUACCUCUUGGACGAGCUGAACAUCAACUCGGCAUUAAAGUGACUCAGAGGACCAAUGUGGAAGAGCAGAAAUGGGAAUUGAAGAGCACUUGGAAGUUUAAGAGAUAAGUUUUGCGAGGGGAAAAUGAAAGUUCGAGUAAAUGAAAUCAUCAUCUUUUGGAUUUUGCUCAGAAAUGUUGGUAGACCCACUAUUCACUGAAGUAUAAAAUGGCUGCUGGGUCCGGAAGAUUGCGCAAAAAGUAUAAAAGAAGUAACCCUGUUCGGUGUUAGGCAUCUUCGCCUGCGUAAAAGAUGGAGGAGAUGCAGCAGUUGCUAAACAUGGGCUUCCCAAACGAAUUGGCUGCGCAAGCCCUGGCCGCCACCGGUGGCAAAUCCACCUUGAAAGCCACUGAGUGGAUUCUCAACCACAAAUCCUCCACCACUACCACUUGUUCUACGCCUAAACCCUCCCAACCCAAACUCGACCGCUUCUUCCACUUUCAAUCCAAACCCUCCAACAAUCCCUCAUCUCCCACACCCUCAAUCCAAAUUCAAAUCCACGAAGCUGAACAACAAGAGCAAGAACAAGAAUUGCAACAGCAAUCCAAGCGGCCCAAACUAAAUAGCCCCCAUCCCCACGAGCCCUUAUCCGAGCGCAUGCGUCCUCGUACCAUAUACGACGUCGUUGGCCAAGACCACCUUCUCGGCAGCAACUCUCUCCUUCGCUCCGCAAUCGAAUGCAAUCGCCUCCCUUCCAUUGUCUUCUGGGGCCCUCCCGGAACCGGUAAGACCUCCAUUGCCAAAGCUGUUGUUAAUUCCACUUCCACUUCUUCGUAUAGAUUCGUUUCCUUGUCGGCUGUUACUUGUGGAGUUAAGGAUGUCAGGGACGCGGUUGAGGGCGCUAGAAAACUAAGACUAUCUAAGAACAAGAGGACCGUGCUGUUUGUGGAUGAGGUUCAUCGGUUUAAUAAGUCGCAACAGGACUCUUUCUUACCCGUCAUUGAAGAUGGGAGUGUUGUCUUCAUGGGUGCCACCACGGAAAACCCAUCUUUUCAUUUGAUUACGCCUUUGUUGUCUCGGUGUCGGGUUCUGACUCUUAUCCCGUUGAAACCCCACCAUGUUGCCCUGCUACUCAAGCGGGCUUUAAACGAUCUGGACAAGGGAUUGGCACUGAGUGUUGGAACGCGCCUUGAUGUGAAUGAGGAAGCUAUUGAGUUUAUAUCUGCGAAUUGCGAUGGGGAUGCUCGGGUGGCAUUGAAUGCCUUGGAGAUUUCCGCUGUUACAGCGGCUGCCCAGGUUCCCAUUAAGGAGUCUACAGCCCAUGGUGGGGAUCAGGUGGAAACUGAGGAAGAUGGGGUUGGUUCGUUUGCAGCCGUUGUCACUUUGGAUGAUGCUAAGGAGGCAAUGCAGUGCAAGCAUCUUGCUUAUGACAAAGCUGGGGAGGAGCACUAUAAUUUGAUCAGUGCCCUCCAUAAGUCUAUGAGAGGAAGUGAUGCGGAUGCUGCGAUUUAUUGGUUGGCAAGAAUGUUAGAAGGAGGUGAACAGCCUCUCUACAUUGCUCGGAGAUUAAUAAGGUUUGCGAGUGAGGAUGUUGGCUUGGCCGAUCCGUCUGCUCUCAACCAGGCUGUUGCGUGCUACCAAGCCUGCCACUUUUUGGGAAUGCCCGAGUGCAAUGUGAUUCUUGCACAAUGUGUGGCUUAUUUGGCUUUGGCUCCUAAGUCUGUCUCUGUGUAUCGAGCUAUCGAGGCUGCACAGAAUGUAGUGAGGGAAUCAGUUGGACAGAAUGAGGGAGUGCCUCUUCAUUUGAGGAAUGCGCCAACUAAGUUAAUGAAGGAACUUGGAUAUGGAAAGGGAUAUAUUUACCCUCCUGACAGUGACAGUCCCUUUUCAUCACAGAGCUAUCUGCCACCCUCACUUCAAGGCUACAAGUUCCUCGAUUGGCCUACAAGUAAUACAACUUAUGGAUGAGAAGUCCUUACUUCCCCAUACUUCCCCACUGGGAGUUUUUGAAGUACUGUUCUAUGCUGGUUAGAUGCUUCUUGCUUUCCCUUUUUUUGUGGAUGGUGUGUUUAUUUUAUUGUACAAAUUUGAUACCCGUCUUACACCAUCGUGUUUCCUGAAUUACUAACCAACAUGUUGAAGAAUCUAGUAGAAAGUCAAAUGUACCGACGACUCCUAAUUAUAUAUAGGAAAUGGUUGAAUUUGAGGAUAUUUCUUGACCUGGUUUCUGUUAUAAAUUUAUGUACCUUGAAUUUUGAUAGUCGUGUAUAUUUAAUUACUUUAAUUUGUUAAGUUAGAACCUGUUCUUGAAGAA